AUGGAAGAGCUUAAGGAAGUAGUUAAAAAUCUACCAAAUGGAAAAGCUCCUGGAUUAGAUGGAGUUUGUUAUGAACACGUUAAGAUUGGUGGUGGUACUCUGCUAAGUAAUAUGUUGUCAUUAUUUAAUAUGAUAAUUACGGAAGAAAAGAUCCCAGCCAGCUUCAAAAUUGCAAUAAAAAUACCAAUACCAAAGAGUCACAACGCUAAGAACAGUGGUUUUGAUGAUCAUAGGGGCAUAAGUCUUCUCCCUGCCUUCGACAAAAUAUUACAAAGAAUCAUUCUGAACAGAAUACAAUCGCUUCCUCCAACACAAAUCCAUAGUCUCCAGGGAGCUUACCAAAAAGAACAAGACGCAUUAACUACAGCUUUUAUGAUCGAUGAAUCUAUUAAAAGCUGUUGUGAUGAGGGAGAUUGCGUGUAUGCGUGUUUCGUGGAUAUUCGAAAAGCGUUCGACAAAAUGUGGAUUGAUGCGAUGCUGUAUAAACUGUUUCAUAAAGCUGGAAUAAAAGGUAAAUGUUGGAGGAUCAUCAGAAGUUGGUAUUCGAAUAUGAGCGAGCUCGUCCACAUAAAUGGUGCUUAUUCAAGGAUUUAUAAUCUGAGGCAAGGAACACGGCAGGGUGGUAUCCUUUCCCCCUGGCUUUUCUUGGUAUAUAUCAACGACUUAAUUUAUGAAUUAGAAAACACCGGUUGGAGUUUAUUUUUAUACAAUAAACAUUUUGGAUCACCAAUGUUCGCUGAUGAUCUGACCCUCUUGUCAAGAGUGAAAAAAAGCUUAGAUCGGCUUCUGUGUUGUCUUCACAACUAUGCGAUUAAGUGGCGGAUUGAAUUAAAUAUUAACAAGACUGUAAUAAUGGUAUUCGGGGAAAAAAUCAUAUCCAGCAUUGGCUCAGAGAGAACAUGGUUAUUGGGUGAUUCUCCUUUAAGGGAAUCCGACACUUGGAAAAAUCUUGGCAAAUUAUGGCAUGCUGAUCCGGAUUUUACCGAAGUUGUGCGUGCAACAAUGAACAAAGGUUUUGAUGUAAUAUCUAAGUUAUCAAAGCUCGGAUGCAAAGCUGGUGGAUUGAAUCCAAAAUAG